AGAGAUUCAAAUGCAAAAGAUAGCAUUAGCAACGCGUAAACCCUAGAAACCGUAACUCCGUUUCUUCCACACUUGACGCCUCGAAGCGUUUAUUCAAUCGAAAUUGGAAGAGGGAAUCGAAUGGGGAAGAGAAAAGAGCGUCGCCUUGCGGCUCUCAGCAACGCUGGUCGCAGAGUCAAACUCGAUCUUUUCGCGGAACCCUCUGGAGAGUUGGGUGGCUCCACUGUACAUGGUGAUGCGGGAGGAGAUAUCGAUUCACAACAUCGUGAGGGCUUACCCAAUUCACCCUCUUCUUCAGGUGGGUUCUGUCAGUUUUCUUCAAAAGGACUAUAUUUAGAGGACAUGAGUGCUCAACAUUAAUUGGUGGAAAUAUGGAACUAUAUGUACAAGACAUGUUUUGUUGUUUGCCCCAAGAAACUUUUCUCAGACUGUAGUGCUGCUGUGGUCUUGGGAACAUUCAUUUCAGAUGAGGUCGGCCCUGCCACAUUGAAAUAUGAAUGACUCCCAAUUGUUUUCCCUUCCUUUUGGCUGCAUCAGGGGAUUUCGAAGGUUCAGACUGUAGAAAGUUUUAUCGGUCAACCACCACAGAAUCCCCUGCUAUUACUUGGGCAAUAUAGUGAUGAUGAAGUGGAUGGGGGGUCAAGCAAAGAGCCUAAUGAUAUGAAAACAGAGAGCCUCUUGCUCAAUGAAGAGGCUAGAGGUGCACUUGAUGAAGGAUUGAAAGAUUUAGACAACAGUGUCUCUGUAGAUCCUGUUGCUCAUAAUAAUGGACAAGAGAGUGCAAUACAAAAUUCUACAUCAGUUGAUGUUGAAUGCAGUGAAAGAAAUGAAAUUCAUGGUGCUACUGGUAAUUUCCAAAAUGAAGUGGGUUCCAAAGAUCAAAUGUAUGUUUCUGAAAGUUUUGAUGAACGAGUUGUCACAGAUGUUGGUUUUGGGUGGAAGAUGGUGAUGCAUGAGGAAAGCCAACGCUAUUAUUACUGGAACAUUGAAACUGGGGAAACUUCAUGGGAAGUGCCCCAGGUUUUGUCUCAAGUGGAUCAGUCGGCUAAUGAUUUGAUACCUCCUGCUUCUGUCAAUGAUAAAAUAGAGAGUGCUGUUGUUGGUGUAAAUCAUUCCAAUGUGUCCUCAGCUGUGAUGCAAGAUACUUCUGAUGCAUUCACAGUUGAUGGUUCUUUGGAAACCACUGUGACUUCUAAUAAAGAAUUGUAUGGUCAUGGGUCUCAAAUGAAUGGAAGUAGUGGUGAAUGCAUAAAUGAUAUUAAUGGAAAUGAAUUGAUAAAAAAUGAUGGUCAUGUAGAUUUAUGUUAUGGUGGAGAUCAUUCUUCUGUUUCCAAGUUUAGUGUUGAAGAACAGCAGUUGGACACUGAUUUUCCAUCCCGUCUCGUCAAACAGAGUGAGAGUUUAUUAGAGAGGCUGAAAUCACUGACAAAGUCAAAUGGAAAUCUGCAAGUCAAGGACUCCUUCUCAAAGUACAUGCUAGAGAUUGAGAUUAGGCUCUCUGAUUUUAGGUCUCUUGCUUCUCAUGGAUCAUCUUUGCAUCCAUUCUGGGUGCAUUCUGACGGAAAGAUAAAAGUACUUGAAAGUUUAAUCAAUGAUGAUUUGUUGCAACCUGCUAAUAUAGUGCAUAAUGAAGUUGAGAAUAAACAUGUCCCAGUCUCUGAAGGAUUAGGUGAGCAACAGAAUGGCACGAGAAAUGAGUUGGACGUAGAUCCCAAUGAAAACAAAGGGAGCCUUCUUACUUCUGAUGUUUCUGAUGGGUCUCAGGCUGGUGCUUCGGCUUUAGUUUUAUUAGAAGAUAUCAACAAUAAAAUUUCCACCAAUGCUCAGCAUGUUCCAUUGUCUGAUUCCCCUGGUAGUAAAAUGCAAACAGGUGAAGUUAAUACACAAGUUGAAGCAACUAUAAAUCCAGAGGAAUCAACUCAUCAACAUGGGUAUAAUGUUGGAGAAGAUGUUGAUAUGGAUGUGGACAUGGAAGUUGAAGAUAUGAAUUCCUCAGGCAAUACACCUCUCACUGAUGGGUCAGUUGCAAAGGAUUUUGUGCAAACAGGUCAAAUGGUUCAUUUGAAUCCACCUGUUGACUACCAUUCUGUGUUGCGUGAGGAUGAGUUUGUUGUUCCUCCUCCUCCGGAUGAUGAAUGGAUUCCUCCACCACCUCCUGAUAAUGAGCAGGUGCCACCACCACCACCACCUGACAAUGAUCAGGUCCCCCCUCCUCCUGGUGAUCCACUAGCACCUUCUUAUACUGCUCUCCCAUCAUACACAGAGACAGGACAGCCCUUUUCUUAUGCUCAAUAUACUGUAUCUUAUCCUGGUGCUAGUGCUGAUUAUUAUGGGCAGACAGCAGCUGAAGUCCCGAGCAGUAAUAUAUAUGGACAUAUUGCUAUGCCACCUGCACAGCUUUACUAUAAUAGUGCCGUUCCUAAUAUGUAUAGUGAAAACGCUCAAGUUAUGAUCAAUCCAACUGAUCCUGUUUCUUAUUAUGAGCUCCAAGAUGGAGCUGUUACAAAGUCCAUACCUGCUAUCAAUAUUAAUGAUUCUGGUGUUGGUGGGGCUGACAGGGCAUCAAAUGAUGUUCCGUCUUCAUCUAGAAUCCAUGCACCUGCAACUGUUUCAGUUGAUGAUGGUGUUUCAUUGCCACCAGCUACAGUUGAAGCUGCUGCAGACAACAAUGCUUCAUCAUUAGUAUCGAAAGCACAUACAAAAGCUGGACGUAGAAAGCGAGCAGUUGCAGUUGGAUCCUCAUUAAAAUCUAAUAAGAAGGUUUCAAGUUUGGUGGAUAAGUGGAAGGCAGCUAAAGAGGAGUUGCUUGAAGAAGAGGAAGAACCUGAGAGUGUGUAUGAGGUCUUAGAAAGAAAGCGCCAAAGGGAAAUAGAGGAGUGGCAUGCCAAGCAAAUUGCAAGUGGAGAGGCCAAAGAUAAUGCUAAUUUUCAGCCUUUAGGUGGUGAUUGGCGAGAGAAGGUCAAACGAAAGAGAGCGCGCGCAGCAAGUGAAUCUGUUGGUACACAAGAUGCAAUUGAGCAUAACCAGCAACAGCCUGAUCUGAUUGAACUCUGUAAGGGUCUCCCAUCUAAUUGGCAGGCUUACUGGGAUGAGAGCACAAAGCAGGUUUAUUAUGGUAACACUAUCACGUCGGAGACUACAUGGACUAGGCCAACAAGAUAAGCAGUGACCCUAUGUGCGGACAGCUAACAUGGGGGAGAGGGGGGGCGUGUUCAAUGUUUGGAAUAUUGUUACCCUUUUCCUCUUACUAUAUCACCUAUUGGUUUUAUUUAGUUUCUGAGGGCUUAUUACAGAUCCAUGAUGCUUCUGUUUGAUUUGUUCUCGCUUUUUUUUAUUUUUUUAUUUUCGGUUUAUUGUGACCGUGCUUUUUUGUAUAGAGCUCUUUUCUUUUUCGGGGGGAGAUUUGGUGGGUAUCAGAAUAACACCGUGGUGAAUACUGUUACUCUUGAGCAAUUUUGUGUAUAACUCAAGGAAAAAGAAAACGGAUGCAGAGUCAUUUUAAAUAAUAGAAAAAUGCAUUUAAGACGUUAACAGUCAUUAACGACUACGUGUUGAAUUGAAAUUUUUUAAUGCAAUCGUUAAUCCUUUAAAUAAUCACGUGGGUUAGGUAUAUAAAUGAUACGUGAUGAAUAUCAAUUAAUAUAAAAUAUCUGAGGUGGUAUUUAACAUUUAUUGCUAAUGUUUGUUAUUUGGUAUAACAUAGAGAAAGUCAAUGAUAAGGAUUAUUAAGAAUGCAUGUUUAAUUUAUUUACUAUGGCGAUUUUAAAUUAUUUAGGGGACCACAUUUCUCAAGAUGGAUCGAAAGUAUCAGUGUUCAGUUGUUUGUGGUUCUUAAUUGUUGGAUUCUAAUUUUAUUUAUAGUUAACUAAAAUUUGGAUUUAUUGUUUCUGAGGGUUUAAUAAUCAGUGUUUUUUUUCUCUUCCUUUACUUGAGUUUAUCUUUAGUAUUACUAUAAUAUUGGGCAAAACCCUUAUCCGAAAAAAUAGCAAUGGUUGUAAUUUUUAAAUGUUUGAAUACGUGACUGUGUCAAAUUAAUAUCUUAAUCUAUAUAAAUUUGUGUUUUAAAAGUUUGUUCUCGGACUUUUAAACUUCUAAUGUCUUUUAAUUAGGUCUCUGGGUUAAGAGUUCAGCAAAACUAGAUGCAAAAUACUUUAUUUUUAAGAGGGAUCAAGUUGUUUUUAAUCCAAUUUUGACGGAAUUGUAAUAAAAGUGCAGCGAAGAAAUUUAAUUGAAAAUAGUUUAUUAGUUUAGCAACCCUUAAAGUAUAACUAUCUAUUUAAAAUUCUCAAACUUUAGAAAGUUACAUUAAUUUAACUUAUUCAUUAAAUACAAGAAUGAAGAAAUAUUUGACCUGUGAUUAUUAUUUAUAUAUCUAUAAAAGUAGUCUUUUUUAUUUGUAAGAAAUCUUUGUUAAUUUAGUAGAAUUCAAUAAUUAAUUUUUAAUAAUUUUUGCUCAAAUUUUUAUAAUUGAAACUUUCUCUUAGCAAUUUAAACAGUUACUGAAGUUAAUUUUCAGUAAUCUAUAAUUAUGUAAGAAUAUGUAGUGAGCAACAGGGAAAGAUGACAAACUAAAACAAAUGAGAACUCCAUCUAAGUAUCAUGCUAAUUUGCAACACAAGUGAAAAUGCAUUACUACUAUAGUUAUACCAAGAU